AUGUACAUUUGCUUGUUUACAAUCUUCAGAUAUCAACACAUACAUUACACAGAUAUCAACACAGACAUCAACACAGACAUCAACACAAACAUCAACACAGACAUCCACACAGACAUCAACACAGACAUCCACACAGACAUCAACACAAACAUCCAUUCAGAGAUCAACAUGGACAUCAACACAAACAUCCAUACAGAGAUCAACACAGACAUCAACACAGAUAUCAACACAAACAUCAGCAUAGACGUAAACGCAAACAUCAACAUAGACAUCCACACAGACACAAACACAGACACCAACAGCACACCACAAUAUUUGCGGAUACGCAAACAGACGAAUGAUAUUACAACGCCAUCACUCAUAAUGUAA